AGCUAAUACAUAUAAGUAAGGCAAGAAAAAGAAGCACCAUGCUUUCCUUAAUUUUUUUACAUAUUUUUGUGUUUGUUAAUUGUUGCUAUUCCUUUAAUAUUGAUACAAAUUACCCAAUUGUCUACGAAGAUCCCUCCAAAUAUCUGUUGCCUAGUGUAAACACAUCCAGUUAUUUUGGUUACUCACUAGUGUUAUAUCCAGGAAAAAGAAGUCGUAAACCUUGGGUAUUAAUUGGUGCACCCAAAGGAAUCGAUGCUAACAAACGUACAAGUGGUGUUUGCUUUAAGUGUGGAAUUGCAGAAACGUGCGAAUUUUUUGAUAUAAAUGCUCAAUCUCAGUCGGCACGUACAAAUUACGAGGAAAGAAUUGACAAUGCAUGGUUGGGUGGAUCAAUGGAUAUUAACUACGAAAGUGAACGGAUUGUUACUUGCGCUCCAAGAUGGAUAAAAGUACAAAGAAGUAGAGAUCCCCGAAAAGAUGAUUACCAUAUACAAGGUGCAUGUUACUGGUUUCAUACCGAUGAUAACAGCACCCAGAAACUUUUACCAUUGUUAGAACCUGGCAAGGACAUUUAUACACAUCCUGGAAGUGGAGGAUCUGUUUACUAUUAUGCGCAAGGACAGGCUGGAUUUUCGGUCCAUAUGCCAGUUAAAGAGAAAGAAAUGAUUCUGGGUGCUCCUGGUGUUUACAACUGGGAUGGAACGACAAUCUUAUACAAAGAUAACGUUGAAACUUCUCCGAUUGCUAGUCGUUUGCAAAAUGCUGGAAAAAGCAGAAGAUUUGCAGAUCCUAGUGAAUUCAGCUAUAAGAAUAUCGCCAGUGCAAUUGAAACCAAGCAAACUCUUGCCUACGAUUUGUUGGGUUAUUCAUCCACGUCCGGUUAUUUCUAUUCCAGAAAACUAUUAUCGUAUGUUUCUAGCGCCCCCAGAUCAGAUUACAAAGGACAAAUUUUAAUUUACGAAUUCGCAAAAUCUGUAGAAACAACACUUAUUGUCAAAGAAACCAAACACGGUCAACAAUUUGGAGAAUAUUUUGGCGGUGCCAUAACAGCUGGCGACAUAAAUAAUGACGGAUUGGAUGAUUUAAUAGUUGGAGCUCCGUUUCACACAGCACAAAAAUACAAUGAAGGAAAGAUAUAUAUUUUUCUUGGUAGUAAAUCGGGUCGUCUGCAAGAUCCUAAACGAAAUCACAUUGUGGGGAAAAGCGCCAAUGGUCAAUUCGGAACCACAGUACAGUACUUGGGGGAUAUAAAUCAUGACUCGUUUGGUGAUGUAGCAGUUGCAGCGCCUUAUGAAGACGAUAAAAGUGGUGUUGUAUACUUAUUUAAAGGUACAGCUGAUGGUUUAGACUCUGUUUUUUGCCAACGUAUAGUAGGAAAGACUAUAUACCAAAGUAUAAGAGGAUUUGGAAUGAGUAUUUCAAGAGCUGUGGAUAUCGACCUGAACAAAUAUGCAGACAUAGCAAUAGGCGCGUAUUUAUCUGGUCACGUGGUUUUAUUAAGAUCUCGUCCUGUGAUUACAAUAUAUCAAGGACUUAUAUCUUUUGCUCAACAUUUAGAAUUUAAAACAAAAAGUUUUCAAAUGAGGGAAUGUUAUUGGUAUCAGCUUGAUCAGAUGCAUCCUGGCAAAAUUAGUAUCAACAGAAGUCUAACAACUGAUCAACAAUUAGGCAGAGCUAGUUUAGAAAAUCGUAAUUAUAUGCAAAUAAUAGAACUACGUCCACAUCAAACGAUCUGCCAAAAUUUUACCGUGAAACUAUCGGAAUCAUUUUCUAAUCGUUAUGAUCCUGUAACGGUAUCGUUGUCACAUUCAUUUAUCAGUCAAGAAGAACCUAAACAAGUUUUAUAUGUGAAUCAGAACCAGCAAGGAAAUGAUUCAUUUUGUCCUAGGUGUCCCGUCUACGAUAUGUAUAGAUCUAUAUCUUCCACUACUGUAAAAAUACCAUUUGCAUUGGGAUGCACUGACAAUAUUUGCAGAUCUCGUUUAGAAGUGACAGCGAAAAUCAUUGGUUUAGAAGAGGAAGAUAAUACGUUUACACUAGGUGCCAAGAGUUAUUUAACAUUACAAAUCGAUAUAAAAAAUACUGCAGAAAAAGCAUAUUUAACGCAAGUACUAACUACAGUACCCGAUUCUAUUACAUUUCGAAGUAUUCCUUCAGCUUGCACGGAAAAAAAUUCGUCUUCAGUGAUGUGCUCUGUCGAUAAUCCACUUGAAACCGACAGUCAGAAAUCGGUAACUUUAGAUCUAGAUAUGACUACAAUAAAUAGCGGAAAGUACGACGAUUCGCUUACUUUCUUGAUAGAAAUAAUUACUAGUAGUGAAAAUAGCGGAGACAAAAUCAAGAAACUGGUAGUUAAAUUAAGACGUGAAGCUGACGUGUUCAUCACAGGAAAAUCCGAAGAACAAAGUUACUCGUACCGGAACAUUUCUGAAGGUAAACCCCACUUUUCGCAAAUAUAUCAGGUUGAAAAAUUUGGACGAAGUCCUUUGAAUGAAAUCGCUGUCGAAAUAAACGUCCCUUACAUGUUUAAACUCGAAGACGGUCGAGAGAUCGCCUUUACUGGUUUGUACCCUCCGGUUGGAAUUUUGGCCGAACAAGAUGUUAUUUGCUCUAGCGAUUUCCAGUAUAUAACUGAGGAAAAAACAAGUACUAGUAAUAUCGAUUUUGAAGGAAUAGAGGACACUGCUUCCGACAAAGAACACUCAAAACGUUUUGUAAGACAAGUUCAAGUUUUUAACAAAUCAACAACCGCUAAACAAAGACUGACCAAAGAAACUGAAUUAGAAAAUUUGCAAAAUCGGACGUACUAUGUUAACUGUAGCAUGAACGAAGUUAGUUGCUUUAAAGUAAUGUGCACUGCGGGAUCUUUAAAAUCCGGACAAGUACUCACAAUUAAGCUCAGUAUGGUUUUAGACAUUGCUACAAUUAAAGAUUUAUUAGGUAAAAAAGACGUUGUUUUAUUUGGUACUCACGGGCACGUUGUGAUCACAAAUCCUAAAGACUUUGUACAAAGCGGUAGUAAGCAAGACAGGGUAGAAGUCGUUUCUCUCUUCGUUGGAGCAUCACAAAGUGAAGAUAUUGCGCUCUGGAUCAUUAUUGCUUCUGCAAUAGCGGGACUAAUACUUCUUACACUACUAGUUGUCGUUUUGGUUAAAGCUGGAUUUUUCAAAAGAACAACAAAAGAAGAAUUAGCACAACUGAAAAAAGAGAUGGAAUUAAGUGCAGGUGCAAAUCUCACUGAAAGGGAACCUGAAGAUGAAUAAGUAAUAUGGUGGAUAUUACUAAUUAAUGCUUUUGUUAGUACUAGUUACCUUAAAAGUAACACAUUAUUAAAAUAUUUAUUUUUCUGAUAAUAAACAUAAUUAUAAAAGUU